AUGUUUAUUGUUACUUUGAGUAUAAAAGGAGUUCUUCCCACAGAUACUUGGCUAUUGAAUGGGCCAGAACACAGUUUACCAUAUAUAUUGAAAGAUAAUGGAUAUGAUGUUUGGUUGGGUAAUUCACGUGGUAAUCAGUACAGCGAGCCAUCUUCUUCUGACGAAUAUGAUUUCAGUUGGGAUGAAAUGGCAAAAUAUGAUUUGCCUGCUUUUAUUAAUUACAUCAAGAAACAAACCAAUGUAGACAGUUUAUCAUUUAUUGGUCAUUCUCAAGGAGCAAUUGAAAUCUUAGCAUCAUUGAUAAUUGAAUCCAUCUCACCAACAGAUUUACAAUGUAUUGUGUUGAUAGCACCACCAGCAAUAUUAAAAAAUCAAAAAUCCAAAGUAAUCAAAUUACUAAGUAAAAUAAAAGCUGACAAUUUAAUCAAAAUCCUCCCAGUUAAAUUAUUCAAGAACACAUUGGAUUUCUCUCGUAAAUUGAUUGAAGAACACAGUUUAAAUUACAAUGACAGUUUUAGAUUUAUAUUUGGUGAGACUAAAUUAUUGGAAAAUAGCAAUUUCCCUGGUCAUUUUCCUGCUCCUGCAAGUAAUCAAAAUCUUGUUCAUUGGAUUCAGUCAAGUAGAUCAGGUUUAUUUCAACGGUACCAGGAUAAAUCAACUCAGAACAACGAAUCAAUUUAUGACAUAUCAAUUAUUCCACCUAAUUCAUUAAAAUUGGCUACAAUUGUUGGUACAAAUGAUUUAUUGGCUACUCCUGAAAAUGUUUCUUUGUUGAAUCAACAAUUGGAAAUGAACAAUAAUCUAACAUUCACAAAAACCUUUGAAGGUUAUGCUCAUAUGGAUUUUUGUUGGUCUUUGGAUGCCAAAGAUACUAUUUAUCCUGACAUUAUAAACUUUUUAAAUGAAAACAUUAAAAAAAUCUAA